GUGUAUGUAGGGAGUCACCAUCUACAACUCCGAGGCGUAUGUGGGCAUGCCUGUACAGAGCUGACUUUGCUCGUCGUACUGUGAGCCAUUGCAGCCUAGUGUCCACACAAGGGCUUGGCGUUCCCGUCGCUUUUUUCCCAUUGACUUACUGGUACUCGAAACCGCCUGAGACAGCCAGGUUGGCCGAUAGUUCGAGGUUCAUCAGCAACUGAAGCCUGAACUCGUCGUUACAAUCAGGAAAUUGGCUGCUUUAAAACUAUGGGGCGCAAGACCAAGUCAGUCUCAUCGAGAGACUCUUCCACCUCACUGCGAGGUGUGGCUCUGGGAAGGGAUGCGACCGCGUUUCGCGAUCAAGACUUCAUCUCUUUCGACUUGCUCGAACCAGAGCCAGCACUGGGUCCGAACAGUCUGAAUGCGGCGAAGAAUGGAAAGGGAAAAGGGAAAGAGCGGAGUUUCGAUGGCGACGACUCGCAAGAAGCGGCAGAAGUGGCAACAAACGACUCAGCUAGAAGAGCGGGAUGGCGUCGCCAAGGCACAUCAGCCAGUGCGGCGGCAGAAAACUUCGCCAAUGGGAGAUCAAGGCCGUCACCGGGUGUUCCUGCGAAUGGAGUUGGAAGAGGGAAAUCAAAUAGAGCGGGGAGCGGGAAAAAACGCAAAAGAGAUGAGGAAGCCCAGACGGCCCAGACAGACAGAGGCACGCCGUGGGCUGAAGAAGUGGACUGGGCCACCUGCCACAAUGCAGCCGCUGCCUUGCACAGGGAGAUCAUCGCUUUCGACAGGUAUAUUGCACCGACAGUGGAGGAGCAUGCGACACGGAAGAUGGCGAUAGAAUUGAUCCGCCAAGCCGUCACCAACAGAUUUAAGGAUGCGCAAGUGCACAGUUUCGGCAGUCAAGAGACGCAGCUGUACUUGCCGCAGGGCGACAUCGACCUGGUGUGUCUGUCGCAAGAAAUGACCCGAAUACCGGAUAGAAAAUGUCUCCGCACGCUGGCCAACGUGCUUCGACAGAACAACAUUGCGAGCCAGAUCGCUGUGAUUCAAGCAAAGGUGCCAAUCGUGAAGUUCACCUGCCUCCCUAGCUUAGGCAACUUCAAAGUCGACAUCUCGAUCAAUCGCCAAAACGGAAUUGCAGCUGCCAAAUUCGUCAACGAGUGGCUUGAUCGCCAACCUGCGGUGCGGCCACUGGUGAUGUGCAUCAAAUGUCUGCUCUCGCAAAGGGGUAUGGCUGAAGUCUUCAGUGGCGGGCUCGGCAGCUUUUCUGUUAUCUUGAUGACCAUCAGCUUCCUGCAGCUUCAUCCCAAGAUGCAAAGAAAGGAGAUUGAUCCUUGUGAGAAUCUGGGCGUGCUUCUGCUCGAAUUCUUAGAGCUCUACGGGAAGAAUUUCGGGUAUGACAAUGUGGCGAUCACGGUCAGGGAAGACGGAGGCUAUUUUUCCAAGCCGCGUAAUGGCUGGAAAGACGAGCGGAAGCCUUUCUUGCUAUCCAUCGAAGAUCCGCUAGACAGCACCAAUGAUAUAUCCAAAGGAUCUUGGAACAUCCUAGAGGUGCGCCAGCUCUUCGCAAGUACGUUCGACAUCCUCACGAGCGCAUGCUGCAAGCGCGCCAUGGACAUGCGCAUUGAUCCGACUUUGCAGAACCUCAUGCCGCGCAGCACGCACACUCGAUACGAUGAGGACGACCUGGCUCGGGAGGCAUUGAUCAGCAGCGCGAAAGGGGGCGACUCCGGUGGCCUUCUGCGAAAAGAUCCUCGGUCUCUUCUUGGGAAUGUUUUCGGCACCUCGCGGUCGGUUCAGAGGAGUCGUGCAGAGCUGCUCCGCCUAUUCCAAUCGGGAUCAAUGCAACGUCGGCUUAAGCAACACCCACCUGGUACCGGACCGCUACCAGGACCCUCCUCAUCGACCAUUAGAUCGAAGGAGAAAGAAGACGCGCGCAAGCAAGUGCAGGUCGGGACCGAGCUCGUUACGGGCGGAGGAACGACAGCUGGGCAGAUAAGCUCGGAACUCAUGGGAGUCAAUGAGCGGGCUGCAGAGAGCGGAACAGGAUGUUCUUCGGGAAGAGAGAAGAGCAAGUCUGUGGAUAUUGUGGACGAAGAAGAGCUUGCAAACAGUCAAGGGUACUUUUUCGAUAUUCAUGGCUUAUCGCAGCGGUCAGCCGGGGAUGACGACGACGAUGCUUCAGAUAGCAGGUACGCGCAACAGCCUCCGCGAAAGCGAAAGCACAUUCACCGAUCAUCGCCGCCAACUGCAUCGGCGGCCGAGGGAAAUUACAUUGCUGACAGCGAUUCGGAGAGCGGGAAUGAUGACGAUACGAGUCUCCCGACCCUCGUCUGCGAGGCCCGCGCUACUCCCACUUCUAGAGCAAGCAAGAGCAAGGUCAGCGCGCAGGAUCGGAGAGAUUUUUGGGCGAGCAAGACUACGCAUGCAUCUAGACAGCAGAGUCCUGCCGAUGGCUCCAAGGAAGGCGAUGGCUCCGAGGAAGGGGAAGCGCCAAGCGAUUAAAGGCAUGCUAUUUCUGAGAUAUGCAGGAGAGCUGACUGACGAGCCAUGAUACAUCAUCUUAUGUACUGCAUUGCAAGUUCCGGCAAGGGGAACGCUUCUUCAUUUGAAUCCGUG